UGUUACAUCAUUAGAAUGAAUCCUUUGUGUGAAGUUCUCCUCGUCAUUUGGCUGCUAUUCUGGAUACCAAUCACAGCCGUUGUCCGUACAGUUAGUCUUUGGCUCGGCUUGGUGAAGUACAAGAACGUGGAUGGAGAAGUGGUGGUUAUCACAGGUGCUGGCAGCGGAAUCGGUCGUCUGAUGGCUUUGGAAUUUGCAAAACGCAACGCCAUUGUUGCAUUGUGGGAUAUUAAUGAGAAAGAAAACAACCUAGUAGCUGAGGAAAUUACUCGGAACGGAUUUAAGGCUCAUGCGUACUACUGCGACUGCAGCAAAAGAGAAGAUAUCUACAGAGUUGCCAAACGAGUGACCGAUGAGGUUGGAGAGGUGACGUUCCUAGUGAAUAACGCCGGUAUAGCGACAGGGAAGAAUAUUCUGGAUUGCCCGGAUAACCUAAUUCAGAAAACAAUAGAUAUCAAUACAAUGGCACACAUUUGGACGUUGAAAGCUUUUUUGCCUGGAAUGGUGAAAAGAAAUCAUGGCCAUGUAGUUACUAUUGCAUCAGGUGCUGGUCUGUUUGGUGUCAAUCGUUUACUUGACUACUCUGCCUCAAAAUUUGCCGCUGUUGGCAUUGAUGAGUCUCUAAGAAUUGAACUUACUGUGGAGGGAAAGACUGGAGUAAAGACAACAUGCGUCUGUCCAUUUUAUAUCAGCACAGGAAUGUUUGAAGGAGUUCAGACAAGGUUUCCGAGAUUGUUGCCGAUUGUAACUCCAGAGUAUGCUGUCAGCAGGAUCACGGAAGCAGUUCUUACAGAUGAACCUCUUCUAGUGAUGCCUCGUCUGGUCUAUCUGAUGUACAUGCUGAAAGGCAUUCUACCGGCUCAACUGACAUUGGCCAUUGGUCAGAGAUUUGGUGUCACUCAGUCGAUGGAUCACUUUGUUCAAACUCGGCCUAAACAAGAGUGACACAGGCAGGCAAGAUUGACACUGUAUGUACUGUUUUUUGCUGCAGUCGUUAUAUGUUUGGGUUUAUACACAUCAUUUGUGAUACAUUUGUUGCUAUUUGAGUUUUUAAGCAAAAUUAGGGAAAGGUUGUUGCAUGCGUUUGCUUCAUGUAUUCAUAUUUGUACUUAGAACGAAAGCACAUUGGCUUCUGCAGGUAUAGGAAUAGCAAGAAUUUCGAAUGUGGUGGCUGCAAAAGUGAGGAACAUAUUAUCAGAUUCAUGCCAAAUGAACACAACAAAUGGUAUUGUAUUUUCUUUUCAAUUUUUCUUUUGGCGUUUUUCAUAACCACAGUAAAGGUGUCAGACUUAAUACUUGUAUUAAUAAUUUUGGCCAGUGACUAUUUUUUGGU